AAAAAAUGGAAAUUGAUAAAAAUGUCGUACUAAAUAUGAUUUAUACCUUCUUGGAAGACAAUGGAUAUGCUCAAUCACUUAACAUGCUACAAAAAGAAUCUGAAUUCGGAUACCUAAUUCCUAAAAUAAAAUCAGGCGAAUGGGAAGCAGUCCUUGCUGGGCUUUCGAGAGUGAAUCUUAAUGAGCAGUUGCUAUACGACCUUUAUGAACAAAUCGUAUUUGAAUUAGUAGAAGAGGGAGACUCCAAAAUAGGCCUCGUCCUUCUUCAGCAACCAGGAGUUCAGAGUCUCAGAGAGAGCCAUCAAGAUGAUAUCAAGAAAUUAAUCUCUCUUUGAACCCAAGGAGACAUAGAUAUGCAGGUCAUCUAUGACCAAGAAGAGAAAGGAGAUAGACAAGAGAGGAGAGAAAGGUUAGCAGCAAUGUUUAGAGAAGCAUUUACUCUAUUUGAUGAGAAUACAGACCAAUUCGGCUUGUUUAAGCUUCUCUCUGUUGGCCAGCAGGAUGAUGAUAGUGAUGAAGUCCCUCUUGAAAUCCUUAAAAAGAAGAAACCACAGGAAUCUAAGGAGGAAGAAAAAGAUCUAACAAAGGUUGAGAUUAGAAAACCAUACCUCGUCAAGUCCUUGGUACAAUCUUAUAGCAAGAAUGUGGGUGAUGACAAAGAAAUAGAGUGUAUUUCUCUUUGUCCCACUCCAAUCAAAGAAAAGGAAUAUCUCGCAGUGGGAUUUGUAGAUGGGGUCAUUGAAGUCUGGAACAGAAACACACUUGAUGUAGCUAAAGGAGAUACAUUUGUCUUCCAGGCUGAAGGUAAAUUUAUGGGCCAUAACUCUCAUAUUCUUCAUCUUGAAUUUUCAGAGAAUGGUAAAGUGUUGGCUUCUGGAGAUAGUGAAGGUACAAUCAAGGUAUGGAACUUUGAAAAAGGAAAAUGAGUAAAGAAGAUAGAGAAAGCACAUACCGACCAUGGCAUUACUUGUGUUAGAUUCAAUGAUAAACUUUCAAUUGUCUACUCAAGCUCUUUUGAUACUGUUUUGAAGUCUCAUGGAUUGAAAAAUACAUCAUUACUUAAGGAGUAUAAAGGUCAUUCAGGUCAGAUAACUGAGUUUCAUCUAAUGGAAGACCAAGACAGAAUGAUCAGUGCUUCAGGUGACGGUACUUUAAGAAUCUGGAAUUUGAUUUCAACUUCUUGAGUCAAAAUUAUCAAUCCUUUAAGCUUAGAUAAAAAUGAGAGCAAUUUAUUAGAAGUUGCAGUUAUCAAUUUUGAAAGAUACCCUGAUUUGAGCAACAAGCAAAGAAAGAACUGGGGGCUUGUAUGCUUGGAUAACUCUAAUAUGUCUUUCCUGAUUGAUAUCAAGACUAGUGUUUUGGUAACUUCUUUCUACAAUGAUAAGCCCAAUACCUCUUACCUUUAUUCUACCUUUGAUGAGGAUGGGAAAUAUGUAAUUUGCCCUUGUUCAGAUGGCUACUUAUAUGUAUUUGAUACUCCCACAGGGAAGAUGAUAUCCAUGAUGUUGAUGCUUCCAUUACAAAAAGAUAAAAACUUAUUGACAAAAUUGGUAAAAUUAGAUUUUUAA